AUGGCCUUACUCCGGUCGUCUCGGUUGCUGGCUGUUUGUGUGGCGGUUGCGGUGGUGUUCCUGCUCCUCUGCGGCUACGCUCUAAGCACGGCGGAGGGCGCCAGGCCUUUGCAUGGCGGCCACGGUGGCAGCGGCGCCGGGUUCUCCACGGCGAACUUGCCGGUGUUCGUCGUCGCGAGGGCCGGGCCCAGCCGCCGUGGAGCUGGUCAUUAG